AUGAGUACCCCCAAAGCCACGAGCUACAAGGCUCGUAAGGAAGCUUUCGUCUCCAAUCUCUCGGGAAGUUCGUUGACAGAUAUCAAUCUGGUCACACUUGUUGCUGCUUCGGCGAUACUCCUUUGGACGAUCCUGCAGAAGAGACAAUCAUUUUUUACACCAUACACCCCGGUGGCAGCCGUCGCCGAUUUUCUGCUCAAUGUCUCUGCCAUUCUCUUCGCCAUCACACUAUAUUCAUCAGUACCGUUGUUCUUGAACAUCUUUCUCAUCACUCCAGCGGUUCUACUACUUGUUCUUAACAGUCCGACCAAUGAUCAACAGACCCAAUCCUCGGCUUCGAAAUCAAAGCAGCAGAAGAAAGCGACCAAAUCGUCCAACACCUCGUCGUCUUCUGCACCCAACGAUGCCAAUAAUGAUGCAUCAUCUAAACCCGCCAGACUCCCGGUGAGGCCGUUCGUGACCCACUACCGCGGAUCCAUGCUAGUGGUGACCUGUCUCGCCAUUCUAGCAGUCGACUUCCCCGUCUUCCCACGUCGAUUUGCCAAAGUAGAGACAUGGGGCACCUCAUUGAUGGACAUCGGAGUCGGUUCUUUCGUCUUCUCAGCAGGUGUUGUAUCAGCUCGUGGCCUCAUCAAGUCUGAGCAGCAAUCUGGUUCUGCCAGAAGCACCUUCUCAACCCGCUUCAUCCAAGCACUCCGGCAUUCACUUCCUUCGCUCGUCCUAGGCUUCAUCCGACUCUGGAGCGUCAAGGGCCUGGAUUACGCCGAGCACGUGACCGAGUAUGGCGUGCACUGGAACUUCUUCUUCACACUGGGUUUUCUGCCUCCGUUCGUCGAACUCUCAGACACCAUUACGCGAAAGCUCGUGAGGCGGUAUGAGAUCUUGGCUCUUCUACUGGCCGUGACAUACGAGCUGGUCCUCAACAACACCGACCUACUUGCAUACAUCCUUGUCUCACCACGCGGACCAGACCUCCUGUCUAAAAACCGUGAGGGCGUUUUCUCCUUCAUUGGCUACCUUUCGAUCUUCCUCGCAGGGAGAGGCACUGGUGUCUUCGUCAUGCAAUAUCAAGACUCACCAACCACAACCACGAAGCCUCAAAACAACACCAACACCAAGAUCAAUAUCAACGGCCCCGCCACGACCGCCACAAACCACGAGCGCACCACCGUCCUCAAAAACCUGCUCAUCCAAUCCCUCAUCGCCAGCCUCCUCUUCCUCCUAACCACCACCGUGUACGGCCUCAAUCUCAACGUCUCCCGACGCCUCGCCAACCUGCCCUACACGCUGUGGAUUGUGGCGUUCAACAACGCGCAACUCCUACUCUUCGGGCUCGUCGAGUCCACGGGGCCCUCCUUCACAUAUCUCCCGCAAGACGCCGCACGAGUCCAACACGCCACGAGCUUCCUGCUGCGCGUCUUCAACAGCAACGGCCUGGCCGUCUUCCUGGUCGCGAACCUCUUGACCGGCCUCGUCAACCUCACCCUCAACACCCUCGACAUGCCUGAUGUCGCGGCCAUGGCCGUGCUCGUCGCUUACGCCGCGGCCGUCACGGGCGUCGCGGUCGCGUUGCAUCUCUCCGGUUGGAAGAUCAGACUUUGA